AUGCGCGAGUACAAAGUGGUCGUUCUCGGCAGCGGCGGAGUCGGCAAGUCGGCCCUGACCGUACAGUUCGUCUCGGGAACGUUCAUGGAAAAGUAUGACCCUACCAUUGAAGACUUUUACCGGAAAGAAAUUGAAGUCGACGGAACGAGUUGUGUCCUCGAAGUGCUGGACACCGCCGGCACCGAGCAGUUUGCCUCAAUGCGUGAUCUUUACAUCAAAAACGGCCAGGGCUUCGUCGUUGUCUACUCCAUCACGGCGCACCAGACGUUUCAAGACAUCAAAAACAUGAAGGAGCAAAUUGUACGCGUGAAAGGGACUGAUCGGGUGCCGAUUCUCCUGGUUGGGAACAAGGUAGAUAUUGAACACCAGCGGGAGGUGGCCAGACACGAGGGCAUCACCCUUGCUCAGAUGUGGAACUCACCCUUUAUGGAGGCCUCGGCGAAGAAUCGCCUCAACGUCAACGAAGUGUUCACCGAGGUGGUGCGCGAAAUGUGCUACAACUCGGCCAAAGAGAAGCCCAACUACUGUUGCCCCGUUCGCUGCAGCAUCCUUUGA